AUGGCGGUGCAUCCCCACCAUAUCGGGAUCAAUGCAGUCCUCUUCCGAUGGGGCAAAGUAGACUCCCCCGACUACCCACACUGCGAAGGAGAGGACGAGACGCUGAACCACGUCCUCUUCCUAUGUAUGAGUUACGCAGAUCUACGAACUAAAAUCUGGGGUGCACAACGGGCACCGAGGAUACUACACCAGGCACUGGGGCCAGAGAGUGCCAAGGAGACCGCACGCCUCCUGCUGGCUACAGGGCGUCUGCAGUACCUCCUACCCCCAUCGCCAAUCCCAGACGACGACGAGACCGACACCGAUCAUUGA